CCAGCAGGAAGUGUAACCUCAGGGGGAGAGGAGAGGAACGUUUUUGGGGGUCAAAUAAAACCAGCUUCUCGUCCGCAUGACUUUGUCAAAGUUUGGGAAUUGUGUUGCCAAAACCUUGUUGUAACUUCUCCACCGUGAGUCCAGGAUGUCUGCGUCCAUGAGAGCCAGUUCAGCGCCCAGUUCAUCGAGGCCGGAGGGAGAACUGGACACCACAGAGAGCAGAAAUACACAACUUUCUCCUGUCAACAACCACGCCAUCCCAGAUGAGCUGCUGGUCAGCCUCACCUCCACUGUCUGCAGCAAGAGCGCACUCGAGCACGCUGCACACCAUCAGCACUGCAAGGGCUGUGGAAUCAGACGGCCGGAUCCAGUCUGGCAUCACCCGCUCGGACGCAAGAAAUAUAAGUUCUUUCUGGAGCAGCCAACGUCCCUGACUGGAGCCGGCAGGGAUAUUUCGUUCCUGUGUGAUGCUAUGGUAACCCAGAGGAAGACAACACCCCUCCCACCACUGAGUGACAGGAGCGUCAUUGAAGACACGCAGAUCUUGAGUGUCUCAGAAAGUCUGAUCCCGGAAGACUAUCACAUAGUGAAAAACAAAGGGCUGCGGAGCCUUGAGCUCUUUGAGGAUGCCUUCACAGUGCAGCUACAGGAUGAAGCGCAGAAGCUACGGGUCUUCCCUUCGCUGAAGCCCAGUGGCAGACUGGAAGUGAUCCAGCUGAUGAACAUCAUGGAUGACAUGCUGGAGAAGGCCGGAGUGGAUCAAGAGACUGAGGAGCUGACAGAUAUCUCUGAGAUGGAGGGUUUGCUGGAGCUGGUGCAGGUUGAGCAAAACAUCUACAACAUUGUUUUCCAUGAAGUGAUCCGGCAGGUCAGCGUAGGCUGUGCUGAGAGAGGACAGCUGCUCGCCAAACUCAGACAGCGCUACCAGUCCCUGCUCGAGCGACUCCCCAUUCGUCUGAAGGCUCUGCACACUGAGGCAGUGGCGCAGCGCGUUCUGGACCGCCGGCUCACUGAGGAGAUCCACCGCAUCAAGGCGUGCAUCCAGCAGCUCAACAUGGAGCUGUCCAGAAUCAAAGACCAUGAUGCCUUUGUGUCCCGGCAGGCGGAGCGCGCUCACCGGCAGCUGGCUGAGGAGCUCGAGCAGACUAUCACCAGCUCAGAUGUGGUCCAGGGUUACCACGAGCUGUAUGAGAUGCAGAGGGCUCGCCUUGAGGCUCAGCUGCUCCAGAUGACCGAGGAGAAAGACUGUUGGAGCCAGCUCACCUUCCGCCUCGCCCUCAAGGUGAUCAGAGUAAAGAAGCUGCAGCUGGUCAGUCGGCUGCAUAUCAUCGAGCAGAGCUGGUUCAAGACAGCCGAGCACUGCAGCCUCUACAUCGCUUUGAAGGACACAGAGGCCCUGAAUAUCAUCAGGGAGCUUGCUGACUACUGGAAAGAACAGCUGACUGCUAUCAUGUCCCAGCUGAAGGAGACUGAGCAUGCUCAGUGUGAACAGAUCACUGGCAUCCAGCAAGGCAUCGCCGAGUGGCUCACCUUCUGCACCACACAGAACAAGUGUUCACACCCAAAAUAUGAGACGGCUUCAGUGGAAAAGAUUAGCGCUGAUGUGAAGCAGUGGUCAAAUACGUUGGCCCUCCUGUGUGACUGCUACCAAGGUGAGACGCUGCUUUGUUGCCAGCAAACGCUGGGCGAGAUCGGCCGUGUCCAGGACAGAUGGCUGAAUAUGAGCUUUGAGCUGUUUAGAAGACACCCUUUUCCUGACGGGGAACCCUGUGGAGGCCAACAGGCCCAAAGAGAGCUUGACCAGGUCCUAUCUGAGCUCCUCAAACAGCUGGACACCCAAGUCAGUGGAGAGAAUGGGAUCCACGGACAGAUCAUUUCGCUAUUCGGGUUGAUGGAGCCCUGGGUUUCAAGGCUCGGUGCAGCGAUUCGCCGGCCAAAACUGAUGUCUGUCUCUGACUGGCUGAAGCUGGAGAAGGAACUGAGCAAUUGGCAGGAUUUGGCUGAAAAAGCUCUUCAGAAUGUCUCCAACAUGCAGACAGAGAACGAAAAGGACAAAGACAAGCCUGACAUAUAUACAGAGACAAAAAAGGUGUCAGACAAAGUACAGGAGUUCAUUACCAGCCUGUCCAGCUUCACUGAUGGUGAGAACCAGAAACUCAGUGAGAAGGUCACUGCUAUUCACAUGGCUCAGACCCGCUGGAUGUUGGAUCUGUUGCUCCUCAUGGUACCUGACCAUAGCGAGGAGCACAACCACAAAGAACAGGAACACCACUACACUGCAAACGUCUCACUGCAGACACUGAAUGAGGAUGCCAAGAUGCUGGCUGAGAAACUGGACUUUUUUUCCAUGUACAUCAGCAGCUCUUGCAAACUGAUUCUGGAGGAGCAGAUUCAGGACAACGUAUAUGAAGUUGAGAGUGAAAAUGAGAUGAAUGAGUGCAGAAAGCUGCAGAGGGAGUGCACUGAUUGGGUGGAGUCCUGUAUAAUCCUGCUCUCAGGAUUGACAGGUGGUCCUGUGGAUCUGCCGGUCCGACAGGCUGAGCCUGCCUCCAGCAGUGAUGAGCCGGUCUCUCCAGCAGAAAGCAUGGAGUCUCUGGUGAAUCAAGAGGUUUCAGCGGAGCCUGUAGCAGACAUUGAGGUCAAAGAUGAGACUGAUGCAGAGCCGAGAGAGUACACUGCUGAAGGACACGACACACAACAAGAGGGGGAGCUAACGGUCUGUGAGAGCCCAGUGGUGAAGCUGAUCAACUAUGAUGGAAACAUUACACAAAGAAAGCUGGGAGAGAGCAGUGUCCACCUGAAUGGGACUGAGGAACUGGUUGUGUCUCCAGCGACAGAUGAAGCCCAGAAAGCGUUUAGUGAUCUGACCACAGUAGGAUUACUGCAGCAGGAUCUGCAUGAUUCAGAGCUGCGGGGCCAGAGUGCCGAGCAGCGAGCUCUGAAGGCUGAGGAAGCACUGCAGGCAGCGUUGGAGAAAAUCCAGGACUUGGAGAGACAACGGCAGGGUUGGCCGAGUCUGGAGCCCAAAAGUAGUGAAGAGAAAAACAGAACAUCACCACCUCCCCCCUCACCAGUAACAACCCCAGCACCUCCAAAGAAAACCAAACCAUCAAGCAGCACCAAAAAGACCAAGAAACGGUUAUCUGCCGUGUGACCAGGAAGUGUUACAACGUUAUAUGUAUGUCCCAUCACAGUCCAUCAAACCAGUAAAUGAAAAGCA